UUACAGUCCACACCCUUCUUGUGCACUGCUGCUUCAGAACCCGACCCCAUCACUUUGGGUGAAGUGGGGGUUGAAGAGUCGGAAGAGUCCUUAGUUGAGGAUGGGGUGUGCGUAGAGGUGAUGAAACUGGACAAGAACUCGCGCAGAAUCGAAUCCAGAAUUUCCAUUGAAGCUUCUCUUUCUUCCAUUUGGAACAUCUUGACCGAUUACGAGAGGUUGGCUGAUUUCAUUCCUGGCCUAGUUGUCAGCGAGUUGCUCCAAAAGGGUGACAAUUAUGCCCGUCUUUUGCAGAUUGGACAGCAAAAUAUAGCAUUUGGGGUAAAAUUCAAUGCUAAAGGAAUUGUAGAUUGUUAUGAGAAAGAAUUGGAGACUCUUCCUACUGGUAUUAAGCGUGAAAUUGAAUUCAAGAUGAUUGAGGGAGAUUUUCAACUCUUUGAAGGAAAAUGGUCUAUUUUUCAGCAUUUGAACAGUGAAAAAUUGUGAGCAGUCUCAAGUCCGAGGAGUUAGUACAAGUUACAACUCUCUCAUACGUUGAUGUUAAGCCGAAACUGUGGUUGCCUAUUCGUCUCAUAGAGGGUAGACUUUGCAAUGAGAUAAAAAUGAACCUUGUAUCAGUCAGGAACGAAGCUCAAAAAGAGCGAGUUGUGUAAUUCAUGAUAUAUUGUGGAUCAUACAAAAUGAAUACAAGUCCACUUUACUCCUUGCUCAUUGGUAAA